AUGAAUUCUGGAACCCUCGAUGAAUCACAAACUCGCCGCCAAUCGAGGUACCAAGACACCGAGACAUGUUCCAAGGCCCCAACCCGAACGACGGAAAGUCUUCAAGAAGUCUUCGAUUAUCAGCUUCCUGUAAAUGUCUUAUUUCGAAAACCAUAUAACCCAGACCACGCUGAUGACCCGCCUCAUCUCCGUAUCAUUAUCAUAGACCGAGAAACUAAUACCAGAGUGCAUCUCAAGUUCCUCAUCUUGGCUCUUGCAACGCCUCUUCUCGCACUCCCCAACACAUCUAUACCCACGGCCCUCCAGUCUCCUAGUUUUAAGGUUCUACUCAUCGUGGACAUCCCCCCGGAAACUUACAUCCGCAAUGCUCAAAAGUUUGCGGACGGCCUCGCUUCUAAACUUGAAAUUCCAAACGAUGACACCCAUAAUGUGGUCAAAUUCAUCUUUAAUGCCCUGAAUGGAUAUGGAGACAAUUUACACAAGGGAUUAGGUGAUGUUGUCAGGGGAUUGGGGCCAGCUAUAGGCAAUCCAAUGGCGGUUUAUGAAUGGGAGAAGGUUGGGGACGCGGUUCUUGAGACCUUGAAGGAUGUGGCGCAUAGCGACCCUUUCCUUCAUACACUACGUCUUGGGUGGGAGAAAUGA